CAGCAGCUGGUUUGACAUCAUGCAGACCAAGCAGACAUAUUUCCCAUCUGCUGUGCUUGGUGGCUUAUCUGAGUUGUGUGACGUCGCUCAACAUUCCCCCGAUGACGCCAAACCUGCGCUCCGCUUUCUCUGCCACCCGCAGCAGCAGCGUUCUGGGUGCCAGUCAGCGAGCUGUGACCUUUGACCGCCUCUUGCUUAACAUUGGCGAAGACUUCAACCCUGACACAGGCACCUUCCGAUGCCGCCUGCCUGGCGCCUAUUACUUCGCCUUUACAGUAGGAAAGUUCCCAAAGAAGAUACUGUCAGUCAUGCUGGUGAAGAAUGGGCUGGAGGUGCAGGCCAUGGCGUAUGAUGGAUACCGAAACCACGGACGGAAGAUGCAAAGCCAGAACAUAAUGAUCAGCCUGAAGCCGAUGGAUACAGUUUAUCUUCUUCUGCAGGAAAAUCAAGAUUAUGCUAUUUACAGUAACAUCGGACCAUACAUCACCUUUAGCGGUUAUCUUGUCUACCCAGACUCCACAUCAUCUGUCGGAUAUCUCAAUAACCACCUGUCUCCUCCAGACCUUCAUCUUCCAGGCUGUCCUCCUUUUACUGAUACCCAGUAUGAUUGGAAAAGACGAAGAAGGAUUGGCGAGGAACCGCGUUCUGCAUUUUCAGUUGCAAGAACCACAUCAGUACUGGGAGAAAGCAAAGGCCGUCGUGAAAGAGAAGCUCUUACGUUUGAUGUUGAGUAUGUUAACAUAGGCGGGCAUUUCAACAAAACAUCUGGACAUUUCACCUGCUAUUUCCCUGGUGCUUAUUACUUUGCGUUCACUGUUGGGAAACACCCUCGUCGGGCGGUUUCGGUGAAGCUCAUGACAGGCAGAGGCGAGGUUCGGGCCAUGGUGUUUGAUGAGGAUUUGUCGAGACGAAGAGAGAUGCAGAGUCAGAGUCUGAUGUUGUCAUUGAAAAGAGGAGACAGCGUUUGGCUGUACAGUCAGCAGGAUGACGGAUUCGCCGUUUACAGCAAUCAAGGACGUUACACAACCUUCUCUGGGUUUCUGGUCUAUCCUGAUUUCCACCAAUAUAUGGGCAUGGACAGAACUUUCCCCUGA